CCACAUGCAAGCAGCUGAAUAAUGCUCUCCGUGGAACCAAGUUGGAACCUUCAGAGGCCAAUCACGAGGGCAAAUCUCAGUCUGUCUUAUCAACGACAAGCGCCGCUCUAGGCAGUGUGACGCGCAGAUUCUAAAUUAUGCAAACGGCUGAAGAUUGCUCCCAGGCUUCAGAGCUUGACCGACGCACAGGCUCAGGCUCAGCCUCGUGCUCCAAAAAGCUCUCACAAAUGGACAUCAUAGCCCGCAGACCGAGCUGAUCCAGAAGCUUUCUCCAAAAACAUUGCACUAGUUGCUGAAAACCAUCUACACGCCGUAGCCCACAUCUACCCCACAAAUUCGGUCACCAUGCCAGCCGCGCAGGGAAACCAGAAGUAUUAUCUCCGAGUGCCCGAUCUCGAAUAUAUUCAGGGCGGACCAAUCAAGAUCGGCAAUAUUAUCACGAACAUGUUCCAUCCCGAGAAUACAAUCGGAUUCCUUGACCCUCUUCCGAACGUUAUGAAAGGUGCCGGCGCCGGCGAGGGAGACGUCAAGCGCGAAGCCCAUGGGUCGAUCAAUAUUAGCUUUUCCGCGAAACUCUACGAGGCCUUCGGAGGCCGUGCCGAAGCAAGCAAGGAGCGUAGCCUGCGGACGGUGUAUGAAUACAACGAAGUUGAGUCUUGGUAUUUGAGCCAGAAUCCUACGGGAGCGGAUGUGAAGGCGCUUCGCAAGAAGGAUGAACAGGUCGACGGAGCUCUGAAUACUGGCCCAGUGUUCAUCGUCACUGGACUCAAAAUUGCCAAAGGCUUGAAGUACUCGAACCGACGCACGGCUGAGAUGCACGGUGGCUUGAGUGGAGGUGGCCAUAUCAAUGAGCAUGCCGCUGUGGAGGGCAGAGCGGAAGCAACUAGAGGCGGAGAGAACGCGGAGUCCUACAAGAUCCUAGGCGAUUGUAUUCUCGCCUACCGGUUGCAUGAAGUCAAGGAGGCAGGACGGCGAUAGCCAUGGGGAUCAAAUCCAACUGUACAGGUCGAGACAUAUGAUCCAGGAGAUGCAGGUUUCAUGGAUCGAGACGACAAGGUUGAGGAUGUUGAGCUGGAGGCAGACACAGUUACGCAGCAAAAUGUGGUAUACUUUGCUGAUCAGCAAGAGUACGGUCAGGUCCGUGAAGUAGACUUUGAGGAUGGAGAAGAAGUAUGGUCGAUGCUAUGAAGGAAUGAUAGGCACUGGUGCUGUCGCUCUAGGUGACGACCUAGUUCAAUGCAUA